UCGAUAGAGGGCUCUUCGCGGUGCCACAGAUCUCAGAAUACAGCAAAUCGGCAGCGUCUCCUCCUGAGCUUUUCGGCUCUAUAAACGCAUACAAAUGACAUCUUUACACCGACCAGCUGAUUUUUAUAAGCGCACCAACUACUAGAGCUUUCUAUUAUUAUUUUGAAGAAGAGAGAGACAUAAAUGUUGAUGUCCACUGACAGCCAGGCUGUUGUCAAUAAUACUUGAGCCAAACUGCAACGACUAAAAAAGGUCCUUUGAAAGGAUAGUCUGGAUGGAAAACAAGGCUCCUGUUCUUCCUCAAGAAAACUGACAAGCGGUAGUCUGAAUCCAAGGUCACCUGUACCAGACAUUAUGACGACGGGUCCGUCGGCACGGUACCGUCCCACCUGGGACCUGGCCCUGGACCCCCUGAUGUCCUGCAAGCUGUGCCUUGGGGAGUUCCCCUGCGAGCAGAUGACCACCAUCAGCCAGUGCCAAUGUGUCUUCUGCAGCCUGUGCCUGAAGCAGUAUGUGGAACUUCUGAUCAAAGAGGGCCUCGAAACCGCUAUUAGCUGCCCAGACUCUGCCUGCCCAAAACAAGGUCACCUGCUAGAGAACGAGAUUGAAUUCAUGGUGGCAGCAGGGAGCAUGCAGAGGUAUAGGAGGCUGCAGUUUGAGAGAGAGGUAUUGCUGGACCCGUGUCGGACCUGGUGCCCGUCCUCAUCAUGCCAGGCAGUGUGCCAACUGAAAGAGGGGGAAGUGGCGCUGCCACAGCUGGUCCAGUGCUCCGUGUGCAGGCUGGAGUUCUGCUCGGCAUGCCGGGCCAGCUGGCAUAAAGGACAGGCCUGCCAGGACAACAUGCCCAUCAUCACCUUCCUACCCGGGGAGACCAGUUCCUUCUACAAGAGCGAUGAUGACGACGCGCCCAUCAAGCGCUGUCCCAAGUGUAAGGUGUACAUCGAGAGGGAUGAGGGCUGUGCUCAGAUGAUGUGCAAGAACUGUAAGCACGCCUUCUGCUGGUACUGCCUGGAGUCUCUAGACGAUGACUUCCUCCUGAUCCACUACGAUAAAGGGCCGUGCAGAAACAAACUGGGCCACUCCAGAGCUUCAGUGAUAUGGCACCGGACACAGGUGGUGGGGAUCUUCGCUGGCUUCGGUCUGCUCCUACUGGUGGCCUCUCCCUUCCUUCUCCUAGCCACACCCUUCGUUCUGUGCUGCAAGUGUAAAUGCAGUAAAGGAGAUGACGAUCCUCUGCCCACCUAACCAACCCGCCCUGGGCACAGACAGGGGCACCAGGCCUGUUGAUGGACAGGGUGUUCGGUGUUUGGUUAGUCAUCCACUCCUUAUGGUGUUUUAAUCCCACCCACCGGCCCAGAGGACUUUUAGGGAUUGGUGGGUUUGUCGCUGGGGCAGCGCAGUGCAAGUGGAUGAGGAACAUUGACUUUGGGCGGAGCCAGCAAGUUGGGUUGAGAGGACACUCUGAACACUCUGUGGUUUUGUUGUGAUGUGUUAAGAAGGACUGGGCCUGCAUAGGAGAGGAGAACAGAACACGGCACCAGUCAAUGUUGGGCUGGGUUGGUUGUUGCUUCAGAGGACUUAUGAGUUGUCAAUAUGGGAUCGGUGGUUAUAGCUCUGUCUAUGUGUGUCAGGUUAAGGUUAUUUUGUCUUGUACAACUGUCUUGGUGCUUGUUUGGGGGACUGCAAAUAUAAUUUAGGUAUAUUUGGAGGGAGCAGCCUUGGCUAUCAGCCACGGAAUGUGGAAGUGUCUCCUAUAAGGGUAGAGUCUGUGUCCCAAAGGACACCCUAUUCCCUAUAUUGUGCACUAUUUCUGAACAGGCCCCAUAAGGCUCUGGUCAAAAGUAGUUGGGGGUUAUUUACUUACCAACCCCUUCUCCCUCUUAAGCUCUUUAGUUUUCUAUAAGAACAUAAACAAUCAAGGGUCUCGUCAGAGAAAACCAUUUUAGAUUAUCCAUUUGUAUCAUGUAAAACUCUGAGGAUUCACAACGUCCCUCCAAUAUAUUUUGAACGUUUUGUUUUCUAUUAUAGACUUGCUGGGAAAAAUUGUCAGGUAGCUUAGUGGUUAAGAGCGUUGUGCCAGUAACCGAAAGGUCGCUGGUUCUAAUCCCCGAGCCGACU